AUGGCGAACGAGAUCAGACUCAGCAAGCUCAGACGUCAACGGGGCAACAUCCAAGCAUCCAUCACGAUGUUUAAGGCAACAUUGGACUCGUACAUGUCAUUACCCAAUGAAGAACGCAUUCCGGAAAGGCUCCAGUUUGCAUUGGAUAACUUGAAGGAACGGUUUCAACGUUUCGAAGAAAUUCAAGAGGAGCUAGAGGAAGCAGAUCCAGAAGUAGAGGGACCGAAACGUUUCGAACUUCUAUUGAAAUAUGAAUCAGUCGUCGGUGAUGCUCUUCAUCAACUUUCUCGUUUGCAGCGAUCGGAGACACCAAUUGCUCUACAAGAGCGUAAUACUCUGGGGGCUCCUGCUACGCCAAACUCAACGGCAUCUCUACUAUCACUCAUGCGACUACCUGAACUUGACAUUCCCAAGUUCGAUGGUUCAUAUGAGAGUUAUCAUCCGUUUUGGGAUAUAUACGAUUGUACCAUCAAUCAGAACUCGGACUUAUCCAAGGUCCAAAAACUACAAUAUUUUCGGAGUCUCCUAACUGGAAGAGCUGCCAAGGCCAUCGAAUCUUUGUCAAACACUGAAGAGAACUACGACACCGCUCUGGAGAUCAUCAAGAAAAAAUUCGACAAUACCAGGAAAAUUGUUCGCAGACAUUGGGAACUACUACAAGAAUAUCCCAGACUCAUUAGAGACACACCAGAGGCACUAGGUCAUUUAGUUGACACAUUUUAUCAGCACACUAGGGCGCUGAGUAACCUCAAGCAACCGGUGGAGCAAUGGGAUCUUCCACUCAUCCAUCUGAUACAAUCAAAAAUUUCUCCAGAGACAGUUUAUCUUUGGGAAUUGAAAAUUAAAGAUUCCAAUCUCCCUAAAUACACCAGCCUACUGGAAUUCCUGGAAAAUCGUUCUCAUUGUUCCUCUGUAAGUACUUCAUCUGCACGUGUGGAAAAAUCGAGUUACAGCCGGGGACGACGUCAAGCUUUUGUAACAUCCAGCGUACCUACAGCAGUUUCAUGUGUUGUGUGUAAAGAAAACCACACAAUUAUGAAAUGCCCAAAAUUUAAAACCUUAACACCAUUGGAUCGUUACAAGGAGGCGAAAAAACUCUCUCUUUGUAUCAACUGUCUCACACCAGGGCAUGGUGUCAAUACCUGCAAUUCCAGGAGUUGUCUACAUUGCAAGAAACCCCACAACUCACUUCUGCAUCGGUCAGAAGCAUCGCCAAGGGAACAAGCCGCCACUACUGCAGACCAGACACAGAGCCUCGCUGAAUCAUCACACCAUACGACACUGAUCGUUAACUCGUCCACGUGUGAUUUGAUGGUAACAGCCAAACUGAAGGUAUUAAAUAAUAAUAACUCAUUCAUUGACUGUCGUGCGUUAUUGGACACAUGUUCAACAACAAAUUUCAUUACCGAAAGUUUGGCAAUGUCACUUGGACUACCAAAGAAACACUUCUCGACAUCAGUUGGAGCUCUAAAUACAGUCACUACGACAACAAAACAUAUUAUCACAGCUACUAUACGUUCGCGAAUCAAUGACGAAGAGCGAACAAUUACAUUUUUGACGGUUCCCACUAUUUCGACAAUGGUACCAGGCCAACCACUAGAUAGGAAUAAAAUAAAAAUCUCCUCUAAUUUGAAACUUGCGGACCCAGAUUUUCAUCAACCUGCUCCGAUCGACAUGUUACUCGGAACAGGCACCACCCUUUCGUUUCUUGGAUCCUCAAAAAUGCGAAUUUCCGCUAAAGAUCAGCCCGCUCUAUUCCUCAUGCAGACUGCGCUCGGUUGGGUAAUUGGCGGAAGCGCUCCCACGUCUACAUCAUCUCAUCGUCGCUUAUGUCAUCUUCAAAAUACAAACUCUUUAGUAUUUGAUCUAACAAAAUUCUGGGAAAUAGAGAAUACUACGGAAAAACAUCAAUUAAAUACUAUAGAAACCACGUGUGAGCAACACUUCAAAGAACAUGUGAUGAGAGACCCAACUGGACGAUAUAUCGUAGCACUUCCGUUCAACGAGAAGAUUUCUUCACUCGGGGUAUCAAGAUCAAGGGCCUACAAUCGCUUUAAAUCUUGCGAGAAAAAAUUCCAUCGCGAUUCUCAACUUGCUACGCGGUACAGAGCGGUCAUCCAAGAAUAUAUAGAUCUUGGGCACAUGACUGAAAUUAAUACUUCAAAUCUAAUUGAACACGGUUAUUAUUUACCGCACCACGCAAUAUUUAAGGAAGGCAGCCUAACGACAAAAUUGCGAGUCGUUUUUGACGGAUCUGCAAAAACCAACACAGGGAUUUCUUUAAAUGAUGCACUUCACAUAGGCCCCACAAUACAAGAGGACAUUGUUUCUCUACUCACAAGAUUUCGUUUACACCGAUACGUUCUGACGGGCGACAUUGAGAAAAUGUAUCGACAAGUUCUCGUGCGCCCUGAAGAUCGCAAGUAUCAGAGGAUCUUAUGGCGUGAUGAUGAUGGACCCAUACGAACUUUCGAACUCAACACAGUGACAUUUGGACUGUCUGCUGCUCCCUACCUCGCAAUCAGAUGCCUCCAUCAACUAGCUGAUGACGAGCAACACCUGUACCCAACUGCAGCUACAAUUUUGAAAAGGGAUUUUUACGUCGAUGACCUUAUUACUGGAGCACAAACUCGUGAGGAAGCCAUCACUAUUCGAAAUGAACUCGAAAGGCUAAUGAAAUUGGGCCACUUCAAUCUUCGGCAAUGGGCAUCUAACGAUCCCACUAUUCUCCAAGACCUUCCAGCAGAGGAUAUUAAUAAACAUCUCCAACUUGGUGAUUCCACAACAUUGAAGACCCUGGGAGUAUCUUGGGACUCAACCGCUGAUACGAUUAAAUAUUCCGUUAAAAUUACUCUAGAUGCUGACCAAAUAACAAAGAGAAUAAUUUUGUCAAAAACAGCCAGAUUAUUCGAUCCAUUGGGAUUACUAUCACCUGUCAUAAUUGUUGCCAAGACAUUUAUGCAAAAAUUAUGGGAACUAAAGUUGGAUUGGGACACAAUUUUGCCACUAGAUUUGCAGGAGGAAUGGCUGAAAUUCUACAAACAACUUCCAAUGCUGGAAAAACUCACAUUCCCACGGGGAGCUCUAAUCAUCGAAGCCACGAACAUUCAACUCCACGGAUUUUGCGAUGCUAGCAAAAUGGCGUAUGGAGCUUGUCUGUAUCUCCGAUCUGUUGACAAACAUGGCAACAUUCAAGUCACUUUACUUUGUGCAAAAUCUCGCGUUGCGCCAUUGAAAGAGCAAACGAUACCACGUUUAGAAUUGUGCGGGGCACAACUUUUAACAUCACUCAUCAGCAACGUACAAGCAGCCAUUAACCACAAAGUCGAUGAAAUAUUUUAUUGGACCGAUUCAACAGUUGUUUUACAUUGGUUGAAUACUUCACCACAUAAAUUACAAGUCUUCGUCAGCAAUCGCGUUGCAGAAAUCCAGCAAAAAACCAACAUUAAGAACUGGAAACACGUACGUACUCAUGAAAAUCCAGCUGAUCUGGUGUCACGUGGGCAAACACCAACUGAAUUUAUCAAGCCUUCACUUUGGGUUUACGGUCCAACAUGGCUACAACGUCAUGAAAGUGAAUGGCCCAAUCUACAACUAGAAUUCUCAUCUCAUAUACCUGAUUUACGAAAAUCACCAGCAUCUACAAUAGAAACCUGUUUAGCCUCGACAACUGGUCCUACGUCAUCAAAUAUCUGGUCUUCUUCUAUAACCAAGUUGCAACGUAUAAUUGCUUAUUGUUUGAGAUUCAAAAAUCGUCGUCGAGGCCUACUAAUCCUUGAUGAACUUCAAACCGCUCUUCACGCCAUUGUAUACUGGGUGCAAAGGGAAACCUUCGCAGCGAUCAUCAAGGAGCUCCAACACCCUCAGACUACUGAGAAUAAAUCAUCAGCAUUGGCUAAAUUUGCAAAAUUAACUCCAUUUCUUGACAAAGAUAAUUUAUUGCGAGUGGGUGGACGUUUGACAAAUGCAAAUAUUCCAUAUGCUCAACGCCAUCCUCUCAUCCUUCCAAGAAGACAUCCAGUUACUGAUCAUAUCAUCAGGAAUGAACACAUACUGCAACUACAUGCCGGUCCUCAAGCUACAUUGUAUGCUGUUCGUCUUCGUUUCUGGCUACUAGAUGGACGCAAUUCAGUUCGUCGCAUCGUUAGGGCUUGUGUCAAAUGCAUCAGACACAAGCCACCUUCCGUAGAUUAUAUCAUGGGCAACCUACCUGCGGCUCGAGUGACAGAAUCGCGCCCAUUUACCAACGUUGGAAUCGAUUACUGUGGCCCUUUCUUUAUAAAGGAAAAGAAGGUGCGCAACAGAGGUCGAAUCAAGGUCUACGUGGCUGUCUUCGUAUGUCUUGCCACCAAAGCAGUCCAUCUGGAGAUCGUGAGCGACUUGACCACUGAAGGAUUUCUCGCUGCUUUAAGACGUUUCAUCGCUCGACGGGGAGUUUGCAGCCACAUAUACUCCGAUAAUGGCACAAAUUUCGUUGGUGCCAACAAUGAAUUGAAAGAGAUUCACGAGUUUCUGAUGAAUGAGGAUCAACAACAGAAAAUUCUCCAAUUUGCAACAUUGAAGGAAAUCCGUUGGCAUUUCAUCCCAGCACAAUCUCCAAACUUUGGCGGACUCUGGGAAUCAGCAGUUAAAUCUUUCAAGCAUCACCUGAAGAGGAUUGUAACUAAUGAGUUACUCACCUUUGAAGAGUUCAACACACUCACCAUAGAGAUUGAAGCUGUGCUAAACUCGCGACCUCUCACCUCUCUCUCCACGGAUCCGAAUGAUCCAAUCGCUUUAACUCCCGGUCAUUUCUUGAUUGGCGACUCCCUUACAAAUCUGAGGGCUCCAGACUUUCGGGAGACUCCAAAGAAUCGACUUUCAACCUGGCAACACAUCCAGAAGUUGAAGCAGGACUUUUGGGCUCGCUGGCAUCGAGAGUACAUCAGCGGGCUCAACGUCAAAUCUAAAUGGACACUUGGGGAGCACCAAAUUAAGGAGGGGACCAUUGUCAUCAUCAAGGAGGACAACCUGCCUCCAAUGCAGUGGGCAUUAGGAAGGGUCAUCAAGACUCACGCUGGCACUGAUGGUAUCAUCCGAACAGUCACCGUGAAAACUGCCAAAGGGACCUAUGAACGCAACGUGAGAAAGCUGGCUCCUCUACCCAACACCGAUGACUCUACAUGUUGA